AUGGAAAAGGACUGCUCGGACAUCGUUGAUGCCCAGUUCCCAGAGAUCGAUGCUGAUGCCAAGAGCGGCAACCUUACCAAGGCAUUGGAGCAGCUUUUGUCCCUUGAGAAGCAGACACGUUCCUCUGCAGAUCUCGCCUCGAGCACACGCGUGUUGAAGCGUUUCAUCCAGCUCACCUUCGAGGCAAAUGAUUGGAAGUUGAUGCAGGAAUAUAUUGUGCUUCUCUCCAAGAAGCAUGGUCAGUUGAAGCAGGCCAUCACAAAGAUGAUCCAGGAAUCCAUGGAUUGCCUUGACAAGACUCCCGACAUGAAGACGAAGCUGGAGCUCAUCGAUACCCUGCGAACUGUGACAGACGGAAAGGUCUAUCUCGAGGUCGAGCGUGCCCGCGUAACCCGCAUUCUGGCCAAGAUCAAGGAGGAUGAAGGCAAUGUGACUGACGCUGCCGAUAUCAUGCAGGACCUUCAAGUCGAGACAUUUGGAUCGAUGGAAAGACGCGAGAAGACGGACUUUAUUUUGGAGCAGAUGCGCCUGUGCCUGUUGAAGAGGGACUAUAUUCGAGCCAACAUCAUCAGCAAAAAGAUCAACAUUCGAUACUUUAAGGAGACCGAUGUCCAGGACUUGAAAUUGCGCUACUACGACCUGAUGAUUGAGUACUCGUUGCACGAAAACGAGUAUUUGAGCGCGUGCAAACACUACAGACAAAUUUAUGACACCCCCUGCAUUAAGGAAGACCCAGAGAAGGCCAAGAAGGCGGUCGAGAAUGCAGUUCUGUUUGUAGUCCUAGCUCCUUUUGACAAUGAGCAGUCGGAUCUGAUUCAGAGAGUGUACCUGGAGGCAGACGACGUCGAGACUCCUGUCUAUAGGGAUUUAUUGAAGUGCUUCAUUACAACGGAGUUGAUGCGCUGGUCCAUGAUUGAGCAAAUAUAUGGACCUAUUCUGGGACAGAACCCGGCACUUGCUGGCGGUGAUGAGGCCUCGAGAAAGAGACUGAAGGAGCUUCACAAUCGCGUGGUUGAACAUAACAUCCGGGUUAUUGCCAAGUAUUAUACUCGUAUCACAACAAAGCGCCUGACACAGCUGCUUGAUUUGCCCGACAUGGACUGCGAGGGAUUCCUAUCAAAGCUGGUGGUCUCGAAGACGAUCUAUGCCAAGAUUGAUCGGCCAGCGGGAGUCGUAUCAUUUGCGAAGUCGAAGCAUCCAAACGAGGUGCUGAAUGAGUGGUCGCAGGACAUCAAUGCACUUUUGGGGCUGAUUGAAAAGACGUGCCACUUGAUCACGAAGGAGGAGAUCAUCCACAGCAUCACAAAGGUCAUCUAG